AUGCAACAAUUUGGGACGCAGGAUUCGGCAGACGUAGCCGACACCCCGCCCAUUUUUCAUGGCACCAACGAAACAGCUGGGCUUGUGCAACCUGAGCAAGACGCCGCUUCUCAUUACAACACAUUGGGCACUUUUACCUGUAUUCGCUAUUCUGCAGCUUCACCCUUCGUGAUUCGGAAAGUACCGAUUCACAUCCCCUACAACCUAACUCGCGGUUCAGCAGUUCGUGAUGGGGAGCCCCGAGAUGGAUCUUCAGUCGGUGAUAGUCCUGUUAUUAUGCCCUGGCAAGAUCAGGGGGUCUUCGAUGCACGUGCUUUUCUGAAAAUCUCUUUUUUCGAGAACCCCGCUUUGGAAGUGAAAGCGCGACUCUUGUGUUUGAGGCAUAAUAUCACAUUGGAAAGCUUGCUUGGGCCGGGACCUGAUGGCGUCAUAUGGAUGGAAAACGGCAUUGAUUAUAGAAAGUAUGGAGAUCGUUCCUCAUUCCCAAUUCUCAAGGCCUUGUUCGCAAAACAAUCUUUUGUCAUUCUCGAAAAUCAAAAAGGGUGCGGUGUUGUCAAUGGCUCGUUUGACAGAGACUUUUUCGACCGCUUGUUAGAACUAGAGGCCAUUUCGACGUGUGUUAUUGUGCUUCCCGAGGGAUUGCUCGUGCCGGCACCUCACCGCCUCCUUGCAUGCCUUCUUUUGUUACUUGUAGCGGUUGCGGCCACAGUUUUGACUGCUGUUUAUGAUGAUCGCACAAACUUUAUGGAGAGGUUUGAAUCUGCCUUUUUCAUACUCGCGCUGCUCCUGCUAACGGUGCCUGGAAUUUUCAGCCUAUUUUCGAGUGAGCCCAAUCUGGUUAGAAACGCCGUUCGUGGGAAAAUGAUACUAACAAAACAGUCGCAAGUCUCGAACUUUUUCGGCCUGAACAGGCGAGACUACGCCAUGCUUGCCACCCGGACUAAGGGCUCAAGGCUUGUGAGCAAAGACAUUGGUUGUUUUCUCACUGGUACUGAACGAGGUACGCAUUUGGGGGAUGAACCUGUAGUGCAAUGUGAAGAUCUAGCCCAUUUUGGGGUCAUUUGCGGACAAUCAGUACAUUACAGAACAAACUGGCAAAGCGUAUGUAUCUCCAACAGACUUGGAACUAAUCGCACGCAUCUUACCACUGAAAAGGCCAAAGGAAAGUACUGGUGCGCAGGUGUGCGUGAAAACACUUGGGUUGGGUUCUUUAAGGCAACAAGCUCCGGAAGUUAG